AAGAGUGAUUAGGCAUCUACGUUGCUCACGCGCAUUCUGCCCGCUUGAUUAUAGACUCACCCUUAAAACUACCACAGCAUUAGAUACGGUACAAUCACAUUUAAUAUGUUGCCAGCGGCAAGGUGGUCCUUGCGACUGCCACGACAGAGCGCUCCAUCAUUCGUCACCAAAAGUACACCUCUACAGCUACCACUUCGUAAUCGCCUAUCAAAACACAAAGCGCCACGAACGAGCUUGCCGUAUUCGACGAAACCACCUGGUAACGAGAACUCGCCGAACACACAUGAUGAGUCUCCAAAAGAGACAUCCAAGGUCGACGCCGUGUCCAACGCCCUCUCUACCACGCCUGAUUCCGAAAAUAAUCUCAUCACACCCGUAUAUAUGCCCGAAGACCCACAUGCCGUCCUCAAGCAGACCCAUCCUGCCAUGCGCCUGCUCGACAACUCCUCUCUUAUAGUACAACGACAGCUGGAGAUGAUGAAUGUGCUCAUGGGCUUUGAGCAAGCGAACCGCUACGUUAUCAUGGAUCCGCAUGGCAGUCAUAUUGGAUAUCUAGCAGAGCAAGAGCAUGGCAUAGGAAAUGCCAUGGCGAGACAGAUGUUCAAGACGCAUCGGAGCUUUACGACACACGUCUUUGAUCGGGACGAGAAGGAAAUACUGAGGUUUCACAGGCCUUUCAGCUGGAUCAACUCGAGAAUACGCGUCUAUGAUGCUGUAGGACAGGGCGAGGGCGCGUACACCAGCUCGUCAAGUCUGCAAGGGACAAGCGCGCGAAGCAUAGCCAAUCAAACCAGCGCAAACGUCUCUAGUUUACCACUGCAGGACAUGCGUAUUAUCGGAGCUGCAGAACAAGAGUGGGCACCGUUACGAAGGAAAUACAAUCUGUUCCUUGCAAGGAAUUUGGAGGACGUUGCUGCUGCACCCGGCACACCCCAGCUGUCCUCUGGCGACUUGCCAAUCUCCGACUCAAAAGCUGUCGCUGUAGCUGAGGGUGACACACGAGAAGUCGGCAUGCUUCAGUUUGCCAGGGUUGACGAGCCCUUUCUUUCCUGGGAUUUCAGCUUGAUGUCUGAAGACGGACGCCUGGCAGGCUCCGUCAAUCGCAACUUCGGCGGCUUUGCGCGUGAAAUCUUUACGGAUACGGGCGUUUACGCACUGAGGAUGGAUGCUGCCGGACUGGCAAGUGAGCCAUCCCACCUGGUGUCCAAAACUGGUGAACAAAGUAGGCCGUCACUUGAAGGCUAUCCUGGUAUGACCCUUGAUCAACGAGCCGUGAUGCUCGCCACGGCCGUUAGCAUAGACUUUGAUUACUUCAGUCGGCAUAGCGGUUCCGGCGGCAUGUGGCCAAUGUGGAUGCCGUGGGUUGGUGGCAGCGGUGAAGCUGCUGGCGGCGCUGCAGCUGGUGAGGCGGGCGCAGCCGGUGCUGGAGCUGUAGGCGCUGCUGGCGAAAGCGGUAUCGCAGGCGAAGUCGGCACUGCAGCACGCGGAUUAGGUGCUGGAGAAGGUGUAGCGACAGGCGCGGCUACAAUGGCAGGCUACGAAGCUAUGCAAAGAGGGCGAGAAUCGAGGCAACAAGGAGGAGAUGAUGCUUCUCCGCAGGCAGCUGAUCCAUAUCAACCUAGCCCAGACCAACAGUACGGUACAGGCCAAGCAGGUGAGGAUAUAUGGGGUGAAGACCCUAGUGUAGGACCUCGCGAUCAAGACCAAGGCUUCUGGGGUGGAGGGAAUGAACAGGCCGGAGGCGAUGCUGGUGGCGGUGGUGAUGGUGGUGGGUUCAGUUGGGGAGACUUCUUUGACGAGUAAGAUCCUGCAGCUUCUUAUGUACUACUAUAUCACCAUUUAGCAUUCAUACCAUUCUAAACGAAGGGCUCCAUACUCCUCAUAACAAAGACAACUGUAAGGUGCCGCGAUUGCAUAUGCACGUAGUCUGCGGCUGAAGUGGGGCUGUGCUAGGUAAGCACC